UGGCUGGGAAUAAAAAUGGAGGAGCCGGGCACAACUGGCCUGAAACAGAAGGAGAAAUCGGAAGAGGGUGGAAGCAGCUGUGGUGUUGUCCGAACGGAAACCCUUGGAAAGUUGAUUGGAAAAGCAGUUCCACAUCCUGUGAAGCAGGAACUAACUGAAGGGCUGCAACAAGGCUGGGAAGCCCAGUGGUCAGAGUUCCUGAACGUGCCUCAUUCAAGAUGGAAGAACUUAUUGCCCCAGUCAGGCCAUGAUGUUAAAUAUUUCCAGGCCUCCUUGAAAGGAACAUCUGAGGUCAACCACUGGCCGAGGAGAGAAUAUGCGACCCAAACCACGGUAGGCUUCGGUGACAAAAACCCAGAGGCCUAUGAAGGCCUGGACUUCUCUGUAAAAGUGAAGGAAGAAAUACCCGAUGAGAACACCAUCAGCUCAGAGAUGCGACGCCAGCGCUUCAGGCAUUUCUGCUACAAGGAGGCCGAGGGGCCUCGGGAAGUCUUUAGCCAACUCUGGGAACUUUGCCAUCAGUGGCUGAAGCCCGAGACACACACUAAAGAGCGAAUCCUGGAGCUGUUGAUCCUGGAACAGUUUCUGACCAUCCUGCCUCGGGAAAUGCAGAACUGGGUCAUGGAACGUGGACCAGAGACCUGUUCUGAGGCGGUGGCCCUGGCGGAAGAGUUCUUGACGAAAUAUCCAGAGGCUGAGAAGCUCUGGCUAAGUUGUCCCAAGAGACCCAGAGAAAACAACGGCGGCCGGCUUCCUUGGAAUGCACCGGGACCUGUGGAAGAUGCAGCUGUUAGUUCCUCUGUAUUGGAGCAGAUAAUGUCAGACCCUGUGAAAAUGUCAGUCUCAAGAGAUGCCGACCAGGAGGGUAACAGGAAGACCAGUUUGCUGGGUGAUGAUCGAACAAUGGCAAAAGAGGAGGAGAGUGCUCAGCCAGAAAGACCUGAGCAGGCAGAGCCCCUUGAGACCUCUGUGGGAAAAGCCAGAGGGAAGACCGUCCCAUUUCACAAGGAGGAUGAGGAGGGCAGAAAUGAGUUGGCAUCGGACAGGCAGCAGGAAGAUCAUCCAGCGAAAGGAGAGGGGAAGGUCAUUCUUUGUAAAGAAGGUGGUAAAACCUUUUAUGCAAGUAGUGAGGUGAUGCUUCAGUGUAAGAGCAAAAAGACCUGCACAGAGUGUGGGAAUCUCUGUGAAGUUUUUGACCUCCCCACGAAUCGGGAAACUCAGAUGGGAGAAGAAUUUUACAUAUGUGAGCAGUGCGGGAAAACCUUCAAGAAUGGAACGUCCCUUGAGCCGCACAAGGGGACACUCCCAAAAGGGGACAGGCCGUACCAGUGCUCAGACUGUGGCAAAAGUUUUGGCACCAAGGCAUCUCUUCUGAAGCAUCAGGGGACCCACACGGGUGGGAAACCGUACGUGUGCUCCGAGUGUGGGAAGUGCUUCACAACCAGCUCGAAUCUUAUAUACCACAACAUAGUGCACACAGGAGAGAAGCCACAUAAGUGCUCAGAGUGUGGCAAAAGCUUCCACUGGAAGUCAUCCCUUAUCACGCACGAGAGGACCCACACAGGAGAGAAGCCGUACAAGUGCCCUGACUGUGGAAAGAGCUUUGGCAACAGCUCCCAGCUUCUCAGGCACAAAAGGGUCCACACGGGUGAGAAACCAUAUCAUUGUUCAGAAUGUGGCCGGAGCUUUAAUCAGAUUGCCUCACUCAUUGCGCACAAGAGGAUCCAUACAGGAGAGAAGCCCUACGAAUGCUCUGAGUGUGGGAAAGGCUUUGGCACCCGGACCAACCUGAUGAUGCAUAAGAGGGUACACACAGGAGAGAAGCCGUAUAAAUGCUCCUACUGUGGGCAGAGCUUCAGUCAACGGACCCACCUUAUCAUCCACGAGAGGACCCACACAGGAGAGAAGCCCUACACAUGCUCUGAUUGUGGGAAAAGCUUCAAUGCGAAAGCACCGCUUAUUACCCAUAAAAGGACCCAUACUGGAGAGAACCUGUACCAAUGCACCCAGUGUGGGAAAAGCUUCAGCACGAGUUCUAACCUUCUCAACCAUAAUAUAAUCCACACAGGAGAGAAGCCACACAAAUGCACAGAUUGUGGCAAGUGUUUCAACCGGAAGUCGUCCCUCAUUACUCACAAGAGGACACACACAGGAGAGAAGCCAUACGGUUGCUUCGAGUGCGGGAAGCGCUUCAUUUCUAGUUCGGACCUUACAAAACAUAAGAAAGUACACCGAGGAAAACAUUCAGUCCGUGCUGAAGGCUUCACGUAUAGCUCUGCGGUUGGGGAGCAAGAAAUUAUACACCCAGGAGGACAGCCCUAUGAAGUGCAGCUCAGAUUCAAAAUGGAGGAACAGGAGCCACCAGCAGCCAAAUCCGAGGAGAGAUUGGCAGAAGCAAGAAGAGACCCCCCCAUUGUUCAGGCUGGGACCAUUGGAGAGUUUUUAACCAUGGAAUGUCCUCAACAAAUUAAACAAGAACCAGAUGAAGGUCAAGAACAGUGUUGGGGUGCCCAGUGGCAGGAGUUCCUGAAGACAGCAGAAUCUCCUCAGCAGGGGUGGCCUCAGUCUUCCUCAGAGGAUGGCGCAAAGGAAAACCAGGCCUCCUUCAACAGUAAAAUGGAUGGGAGACUGUGGCCCAGAGGAGAGCAUAGGAACCACUCCCCAGGAGAAAGUGAUGAAACUAAUGAAACCCCUGAUUUUUCAGUGAAAGUGAAGGAGGAGAUUCUGGAUGAGGACAUUGUCAGCUUGGAGAUGGACCACCAGCACUUCAGGGAGUUCUGCUACCGGCAGGAUGAGGGACCCCAAGAGAUAACAGACCCCUUGGGAUAUGAGGUAGUAAAAUCCCCCAAGUCAGAGGAAGAUCCCUUGGAGAUCAUCAAGCUGCGGAUCCCCCUGGAAAUCAAGGAGGAGAGCGAUUGGGAAGUCAGCCCACUGGAAUGUGAUGAGCAUGUGCACAAGAAUGAGGACAACCCCCUUGAGGUGGAAAGACCUGAGCCGGAGGGCAUCAGUGGAAUAUCACUGGGAAGAGCUGGAGGAAAUUUUUUCUGGGGACCUGAGAUGGAAGAGAGGCAUGGAAGUGAACAGGAAGAGGAAUGGCAUCAUGGAAACUACCCAGCAAGCAGAACGUUCCUUUGUGAGGACAGUGAGCAAAAUAGUGAGGAGCUAUGGCCUCACAGCAUCAGUGUUCCCAAGAACCAGCAGGUGCAGGUGAAGGGUAAACUGCAUUGUGGGAAAAUCUCAAACCACAAAGUAUCCCUCAUCCCACAUGAAGCACCUCACGAGGGAGGGAAAUCAUACAUCUGUUCUGAGUGUGGGAGAAGUUUUGGCUGGAGGACAAAUCUUGUGAAGCACAAGAGAAUCCACACAGGAGAGAAGCCAUACACAUGUUCAGUCUGUGGCAAAAGUUUCAAUGCAAAAUCCACUCUAAUUAAACAUGAGAGGUCCCACACUGGAGAGAAGCCAUAUGAGUGCUCAGAGUGUGGGAAAGCCUUUGGUGAGAAAGGGAUCCUUGUUAAGCAUAUGAGAAUCCACACAGGAGAGAAACCACAUCGAUGUUCAGACUGUGGGAAAAGCUUCAUUGAGAGAGGUGCCCUGAUUAAGCAUGAGAGGACGCACACGGGAGAGAAACCAUAUGAAUGUUCAGACUGUGGGAAAACCUUUAGGAUCAGCUGCCACCUAAAGCUUCAUCAAAGAACACACACUGGAGGCUUUCAGCAGGUGCUAGACGUCAAAGCAAAGCUGGCUGUGAACUCCCAUUCCCUUUUCCCACGUGAAGGAUCAUGCUCUGCACAAACAUAUAAAAACUCCCAAAUAGAUUUAUUUGUUGAUAGCAAAUGCUUCUUCUGGGGUGCUGUUUCCUUUGAGGAGGUGGCUGUGUAUUUCACUGAGGACGAGUGGGCUCUGCUGGAUCCUGUCCGAAAAGCUCUUUACAAGGAAGUCACUCUUGGUGGAAGAAAGAAAAGUGACAUUCUGCAUGAACCUCAGGCUACGGAGAUGAAUAAGGAAUGGAUUGGGUCCCCCUCUCUUCAUCACAGGAGCCUUUCAACUGGUACAGGAUGUCAAAGCAAGAGCCCUGUGUCCUUCGAUGAGGUGGCUGUGUAUUUCACAGAGGAGGAGUGGGCUCUGCUAGAUCCUGACCAAAGAGUUAUUUACAGAGAAGUCAUGCUGGAGAAUUUUGGGAGUGUGGCCUUCGUAGAAGGAUCUCGGACCUGCAAACCUGACCUCAUCUCUUGGCUGGAGGAAGUGGGUGAGAUGUUCAUCCAGGACUCUGCUGAAGUGAAGAUCUCCCCAGCCAUCCUUUCUUGCUGGAACAAGGAGCUUGACCAUCUUUGUCUGGAAAAAGACAUGAGUAGGAGAGAGAUAAAAGCAGAGAGUUUUCCACAGGAAGGCCUUGAGUCCGAAGAUGCAGUGGAGUCUUUCCUGGGAGACUCUCAAGAGAACAUUAACUUGCACACAGAGGUGGCUGAGAAAGGAGAUGAGGGGGAACCAAGCACCCUAAAUGGGAAAAGGGAUGAGGAUAUGGAAGCAAAAGAAGAAGCUGGGAAUCGAGGCAGACCAAAGAGAGGAGGAAAGCAGAAGAAGAAGUCAUUUUCCUUUCCAGGCAAGGAUCUCCAGGAAAUCCUCUUUGAAGAGAAACGACAUGAGGAAAGUAGAAGUAAUAAGCACCCUAUGAGUGACAAGAGAUCUGGUUGCAAAUCUAGUCCAAAGAACCAUGAAAGAAUUCAUACUGGAGAUACACCAUAUAAAGGUUCACAUGGUAGAAAAAGCUCUAGGUGCAUGAAAAGUCUUGCUGUUCAUCGAAGGAGUCACAAUAGGGAGAAACCAUAUAAAUGCUUGGAGUGUGGAAAGAGCUUCUCUCGGGGUGACAGUCUAAGUGCACAUCAAAGGAUUCACACGGGGGAGAGACCAUAUCACUGCUUGGAGUGUGGAAAAAGUUUCAGCCAGAGAUCAGGACUUAUUUUUCACCACAGGAUUCACACAGGAGAGAAACCAUAUCAAUGUUUGGAGUGUGGAAAGAACUUCAGUCAGGGAUCAGGACUUAUUAUUCACCAGAGGAUUCACACAGGAGAGAAACCACAUAAAUGCUUGGAAUGCGGAAAGAGCUUCCGUCAGAGCACAGGCCUUACUACUCAUCAGAAGAUUCACACCAUGAUGAAGCCAUAUAAAUGCCUGGUGUGUGGAAAGAGGUUCCGUCGGCAAAAUGACCUUACAUGUCACCAAAGGAUUCACAGUGGAGAUAAACCCUAUAAAUGCUUGGAGUGUGGCAAGAACUUUCCUCGGAGUGACAGUCUAACUGUACAUCAAAGGAUUCACACUGGGGAAAGACCAUAUAAAUGCUUGGAAUGUGGAAAGAGUUUCAGGUGGAAAACAAAUCUUUCUUCUCACCAAAGGAGUCACACGGGUGACAAACCACAUAAAUGCUUGCAGUGUGGGAAAAGCUUUGCUCGGAGCACAACCCUUACUACUCACAAAAGGAGUCACACAGGGGAGAAACCAUAUAAAUGCUUGCAAUGUGGAAAGAGUUUUAUUUGUAACAAAAGCCUUGCAUCUCAUCACAGGAUUCACACAGGUGAGAAACCGUAUAAAUGCAGGCAGUGUGGAAAGUGUUUUGGUCACAGUGCGCAACUUACUGUUCACUACAGAAUUCACACAGGAGAAAAACCCUAUAAAUGCUUGGAGUGUGGGAAGAGCUUCAGUCAGAGAGCAAGACUAAAUAUUCACCACAGGAGUCACACAGGAGAGAAACCAUAUACAUGUUUCCAGUGUGGAAAGAGCUUUAGCUGCCGCAAAGGCCUUACUGUUCACCAGAGGAUUCACACAGGGGAGAAACCAUAUCAGUGUUUGCAAUGUGGGAAGAGCUUCAGGCAGAGUGCAACCCUGAAUUCUCACCAAAAGAUUCACACAGGAGAGAAACCAUAUACAUGUUUGGAGUGUAGAAAGAGCUUUAGUUGCCGCAAAAGCUUUAUUGUUCAUCAAAGGAUUCACACUGGAGAGAGACCGUAUCAAUGCUUGGAGUGUGGGAAGAGCUUCAGGCGGAACAGAAAUCUUACUGAACACAACAGGACUCACACAGGAGAGAAACCAUAUAAAUGCCUGGAGUGUGGGAAGAGCUUUAGUCAGAGAUCAAUACUUAGUACUCAUCAGAGGAUACACACAGGAGAGAAACCCUACAAAUGCCUGGAGUGUGGAAGGAGCUUCCGCCAGAGUGCAGGGCUUUCUGGUCAUCAAAGGAUCCACACCAUGGAGAAACCAUAUAAAUGCUUGGAGUGUGGAAAGAGCUUCAAAAGCGACAAAAUCCUUAAUGUUCAUCACAGGAUUCACACUGGGGAGAAACCAUAUCAGUGCUUGGAGUGUGGGAAGGACUUCCGUCAUGGCCAAAGCCUUACUUCCCACAAAAAGACUCAUGCAGGGUAGAUACCAUAUAAAUGGCCCCAAUGCCAAUCACAGAAGAGUCAAA